UUGCCGGCAUUUGCAGCUAUUAAAAGCAUUGCUUAGCGUAUUAAAAAAGUGUUGGACUAAUGAGUGGAUACAGUGAAGAAUAUUCUUUAAAAUAGUGGCAGAAUUUGGUACUCAAAAAAUGGGUGCGGAUGUGAAGCUUCGCCAUCAAAGUCACGCAGUAUUGGCUAAAGUAGUGAUAAUUUUAUGGCACUUAAUGACAAUCAAUGGCUACAGCACUGAUUUACUGUCAGUGCCCGAGCGUAUACCGAUCGGCGCACUGUUUGAUCACAAGCACCAGAACCUGCAGACAAUCUUCAAACAAGCCAUACAUCAGCACAACUCCAACGCGUCGCUGAAGUUCAUUGUGGAGACGGCACAGGAAUUUGUCGAUCACAACGACCCGACCCGUGUUGUCCGACAGUUGCAAUGCCUUCACUUCAAUCGAGGCAUCUAUGCCUUACUCGCACCGCAUUUCGAGGCCUAUGCCUACAAGUCGGCCCUAUCUUUCGCUAAUACUUAUCGGAGUCGACUACUAAUUAAAAAGUAUCAAAUGGAUAGCAAAGGGGACUCUCGUAGGAGUAGUGAUAAUAACAACGGGAAACGGCUACCGGUGCCGUCAACAACGCCAGACAUAUCAACGUCGAGUUGUGUGAACUCGAAGGCGCCGGCGGCCGAGACCCUGGAGUUGGACGACGUGAUCGCCGCGUUAAGAGCCGGCGAUGAAGAGGCAGCCAAUGAGAGGGAGUCGACGCCGGGAUCCGCGAGACAACAGCCCACUAGACGUAAGCCGAUGCGAUGGGAUGACGACGAAGUGGAAGUGGAUUUCAGCGCACAGUUGGGUAUUCUGGCAGAGGAUCGGAUGAAGUCCCGACACGACAAUAGCGAAGAGGUUAGGGAUAAGGGUUUGGACGCAAGCGCCACGAGAAGACAGUUUGUCGAGAAGCCCGCGAAUGACGAGUCGUUUGAUGGCAAACACCCGGAGAUGAAUUACUCGCAGCCAUCGGCUGAAGACAAUAAUGAUGACGAAGACGAGAGUGGAUCUGAUUUAGGAUCUGAAGGCAAGAGUUGGUCUGAUUUUGAAUCUGAAGACUAUUUGGAUUGA